AAUACGUCAAAAGAAGUAUUUUGAAAAGUUUACUAAUCCACACGUUGUCCAAAACAAGUUCAAAGGCUACAUCAAGCUGUACGGAAUACUUAGAAUGGUGUGAAGGACGCGUAAACAUCACGUGGGGUAGAAAUGAUUGGCGGGUUACUAGAACUCUUAGAAGGUGUUUCAUAACUGCAUCAGCUCAAAACGUUACGGUCAUCUCUCCCAAGCAGAAACUUGCCUUUUUGUUCUUAAUAUAAAUAAUGAUCCUCGAAGUAACGGAUAUUUCCAAGUGGAUUACAGACAACGAGCAAUUUUUUGUUCCUCCUGUUUGCAACAAACUGUUACAUAAUAAAGGUCAGCUGAAAAUAUUUUUUGCUGGAGGUCCAAAUCAAAGGACGGACUUCCACCUGGAGGAAGGAGAAGAGGUUUUCCUUCUUCCUGGUCGGAUUCCACACUCCCCCCAGCGUCAGGCUAACACCAUUGGAUUUGUGGCAGAAAGGGAUCGUAAACCUGAAGAACUGGACUGCCUCAGGUAUUUUGUAGACAACACUACAGAAGUAUUGUUUGAACGAUGGUUCUACUGUGAAGAUUUGGGAAGGCAAUUAGCACCCAUCAUUCAAGAAUAUAUUGAAUCACAGCAGUACAAAACUGGACUACCUGUUCCUGGGACAAUUACUGAAACCCCCCCGUUCAAACCUGACAAUCAACGAAGUCUCGAAGCUCCAUUUUCUCUGAGAAAAUGGAUUGAUAAUAACAUAGAAGAAAUCAACAGAACUGGGUACAAACAACUCUUUGAAGGAAGAUAUGAAUCGAAGGUCUUCAUCAUAGGACUAGGGCAGCAGACCAGAAGCUCAUCUCAUGCAGAGACAUUUCUGUGGCAAUGGGCUGGAAUGGCACAAGUCGAGGUAGAUAACCAUAUUUAUAAACUGAAAGAAGACCACUCCAUGUUGAUUCCAAUAGGAAAAACAUGGAUAAUAAGAAAUGAAGCUGGUGCACUAACACUGUCUUUAGCUAUUGACCCAUGCAGUAAACCAACUUUUGGUUGUGGAACAGAUGAUGGAUAAAGGACCAGGAAAAUCAUGAGCUCGCAUAAAACAGUUACAUGGAUUUGAGUAAAAAUCGGGUAUAAAAGACAUAUCUGAUCCGAUAUUAGCUUAAUUUGACUGAACUGUAAUUGAAAAACAACAAUGAAUAAAAACCUUCUUAAAAGCCUACUAUUCACUAAAGACAAAUAGCACCAAUAUUGGUUUUCAAGUUAGAUUGCUAAAUGAAUUCAUAUGAUAUAUAACAUGUAUUCUGGCAAAAUGUGAUAUAUAUAAAUCAGCAGUUUGUGUGAUACUACAUCACAAAAAAGGGGGAUAAUUUUUAAGAAAUCUGUCUUUUAUGAGUCCUAUAAUUUUUUUCCAGUAAGAAUAAUAUAGUAGUAUUUCAACGACAUACUUGCAUACCCAUCUGACCAGAUGUAUUCUAGUAUUGUGUGAAAGGACUCAUCACCAGGGGUUAAUAUAACACAUACACACACAGUGAAGUAUGCAUGUUUACAAAUCAUAGUACAUUUUCAUAAAAUUGAAAUUAUGUUGUUGAAAAUUGUAACCAAACAAAAGUAGCAAUAUCUUAUCAAAACUUUUAAAGGUAUUAAAACAGCCAAGUUAGAAUAAUAGUCAGCCAUAUAUACAAUGUAGAUAUGACAUAAAAA